AUGGCAAUGUCUCUCAUCCAAGCGUGCCGCAGUCUGGCUCUCUCAACAUGGCUGCUUUCCUUUUGUUUCGUGCAUCUGCUCUGCCUGGACUUCACCGUGGCUGAGAAGGAGGAAUGGUACACCGCCUUCGUGAACAUCACCUACGCGGAGCCCGCGUCGGACCCCGGGCCCGGAGUGGCGGGCGGCGGCGGCACGGAGCUACACACCGAGAAGACUGAGUGCGGGCGCUACGGGGAGCACUCGCCCAAGCAGGACGCCCGCGGGGAGGUGGUCAUGGCCAGCUCGGCCCACGACCGCCUAGCCUGCGACCCCAGCACCAAGUUCGCCGCCCCGGCCCGUGGCAAGAACUGGAUAGCCCUCAUCCCCAAGGGCAACUGCACCUACAGGGAUAAGAUCCGGAACGCGUUCCUGCAGAACGCCUCCGCGGUGGUCAUCUUCAACGUGGGCUCCAGCACCAACGAGACCAUCACCAUGUCCCAUGCAGGUGUAGAAGACAUCGUGGCAAUAAUGAUUCCUGAGCCAAAAGGGAAGGAGAUAGUAAGCCUGCUGGAAAGGAACAUCACGGUGACCAUGUACAUCACCAUCGGAACCCGGAACUUGCAGAAAUAUGUGAGCCGCACUUCGGUUGUGUUUGUCUCCAUCUCCUUCAUCGUCCUGAUGAUCAUAUCCCUCGCAUGGCUGGUCUUUUAUUAUAUCCAGAGGUUUCGAUAUGCAAAUGCCAGGGACAGGAACCAGCGCCGACUGGGAGAUGCGGCAAAGAAAGCGAUCAGCAAGCUCCAGGUCAGAACCAUCAAGAAGGGUGAUAAGGAAACAGAGCCCGAUUUUGAUAACUGCGCAGUUUGCAUCGAAGGAUACAAGCCCAAUGACAUUGUGCGGAUCUUGCCCUGCCGGCAUCUUUUCCACAAAUCCUGUGUUGACCCCUGGCUUCUAGACCAUCGCACCUGUCCCAUGUGCAAGAUGAACAUUCUUAAAGCCCUAGGGAUCCCGCCCAAUGCCGACUGCAUAGAUGACUUGCCCACCGACUUCGAGGGAUCUCUAGGAGGCCCACCCACCAACCAGAUCACAGGCGCGAGCGACACCACUGUGAAUGAAAGUUCAGUCACCCUGGACCCUGCUGUCCGGACGGUGGGAGCCUUGCAGGUGGUCCCGGAUACAGAUCCCACCCCGCAGGAAGGAGAAGUCAUCUUUACCACUAACAGCGAGCAGGAACCAGCUGUAAGCAGUGAUUCUGACAUCUCGCUGAUUAUGGCAAUGGAAGUUGGACUGUCUGAUGUAGAACUUUCCACUGACCAAGACUGCGAAGAGGUUAAGUCUUGAAAUGGUGACUACAGAACAAAGGGGUGGUAGGACCAAGGGAAAGGGAGGGAGGAGGACCUCAAGAAUUGGACCCGGCUACACACACCUCCAGAACCACUUGAUAACUCCAUGGCGCUCCGCUCAAGAAUGGUAAUGAAAGCAAUAUCCAAAGUCACGUUAAUCAGGAAGUCGUCUCUCCAUCUGUACAACAGUCCAUGGCCUUGGCAGCUGGGAAGUCGAAAGCUGAUUUUCCCUCCCAUGUCCUUGUAGACACACUUCAGGAGCUCCUAAAACAGACCGAAAGGACACGCUUAGGGCUUCUUAGUUUUAUUUCCUUUUCUUCCAGGUCUUGUUUUGUUGUUUGGGGAAUGUUGUUUGAUUUCUUUGUUAGUUUCUUUCUAAAGACUGUGUGCAGUUUACAUGAUGUCCACCCCUUCGGUUGACUCCAGCUUUUGUACAGAGUUCUGUUUCGAAGCAGCAGUUCCUGCUGUGACCGGUUUGUACGCUGUCUCUGAGAUGAAUGGCCUUGACCUCUCGGCAUGAAGUGUGCUUGGCUUUGGGACGUGCCUCGGCACCCCGAAACAGUCUAAGGCCAGCUUUGUUAAGAAUCUAAGUUCUUUCAAGUGGAUCUUAAAGAUCCUAGCUUCCAGAGACCCCAACACUAAGCUCUGAAUCCACUGAGACUACCACUCAUUAUUUGCAUUCACAUCACGCUCGCUCCCACUUGCCAGGCUCUGUUAAUGGCCCCCGUGAUGUGAGAAGGAAGCUUCAUUUUUGCCUGGAUCUUACAGUGUUUGACUGAAAUUCCAAACUCAGAAGUCCCCUCCUGGGCUGUAGCGCUGUUCUUCAUGACUGUAGGGCUUGUAGCUGGGACCGCAAGCCCGUUUUUAAGACCAGUCACCGCAUAUUCUUCCCAAAAGCAAAAUGUCUGUUAUAGUGGUGUCCACAAGUCUGAAUGAAACAGUCUUUUGUUCCUUCCACAAGUGGCUUCUGUAGGUGAUGGAGGCUUCAGAAGAGACCCAGUCCUCUGGGAACCCAGUGUCAAACACACUGGGUUCUCCCAGGUGUGGGAACACCUGGGUUUUCCCUUAAUCCCAACACAUUUGUGUUAAAACUCACCAGACCUCAAGGAAGGGUUCAUGGGAAUCCUUGGCAGCUUGCUUCCUGGGCUCCCCAAGUACAUCUAAAUCUCAAGUGAGGAGGGAUGUGUGAUCUGAUAAACCAUUUGGUCUAAAAAGUACAGCAUGGGGAAUUUGCUAACCAAGUCUCUCCUAACGGAGAGAGACAAAGAGGGACAGGAAAAGAGGCAUCCAAUGGAUACUGAAACCCACCGGCAUUUUUAAAACUACUUACGUUUU